AUGGCAACCGUUACUUCCCCCGUCUCCAGAACUAGGGGAAUUUCACCUUGGUACCUCCUACAUAGAAGCCUCGUCUCGUUUAGUCGAAGAUCAGGCAACGUUUCCUACGCAAGCCCUGCUUUCAGGGAAGCUUCUCAAGCAGCUCGCCAGGCCCGCUUCGCAAAUGACCGCUUGAGCCAGGAUGCCCCUUCUUCCACUAGACGCAGGGCUCGGCCGCCUUCCGAUGAUUCUGACUCGGAUAGCCGACCGCUGUCUCAGAGACGUCGACGCCGAGCCCCUCGUCCUAUGUCCAACUCAGGCCCGUCCUCUAUCCCCUCUCCUCCUCCAGUUGCAGCUGCCUCUUCUCCACCUCCCAUUGUGACUCCGCCUCCUAUCCCGAGCCAGGCAGAUGUUUCGCCAGAUCCCACCAGCACCGAGGCCGAUCCCUCGCUUCGCUCUCCGCCAGCUACCUCACCCCCAGAGCCAUCUCCUGUGCCUCCCUCAGUUCCUGCUGGGUCAGCUGCUGGGCCCUCAGUUCCUCUUGGCUCAGCCGUUGGGCCCUCAGAAUCACCCCCGCUUACUCAUUACUGUUACUGUACCACUGUCCCUUCUGAGGAGAGGUUAUGGUCACGAGCAGAUGUUCCCACCAACUCCCUCAGGAUAAAAGGUCGUCUGGCCACUUUAUGGGAAGAGAGCAUACAGCACAUGAACUCCUUGCCUCCCCCGGCCCAGAUGGACAAAUUCUCAGAGCUGUAUAUCAAGAAUAAGAUGCUACGGGACAAGGUGGCUGACCUAGAGCUACAACUGAAUGACCCUGCCCAAGCUAGCCAUGCUUUGCGGGCCGAGAUAAAAGAUCUGACCAAACAGAAGAACAGUCUGGAAGUAUCCCUAGCGCGGGCCAACCAUGAACUUAAGGGUCUCAAGGAAGAGCAAAGCUAA